AUGUCGACUUGGAACUGGGCGGCAAAUCCUGUUGUUGUUCAAAUCCUAGAUAGAAGUACAGUUGUAAACAGGUAUUUACCAACUUUAUUGUGGGGUAAAAGUGGCCAUUUACAGACGUUUAUUUACGGCAAGAUGGGUCGCUUUAACUGCCCCGUACCUCGGGGAGUGCGUCGGAGCGUAUUAAUGCCAGAUGGCGCUACUUGUACAUUUGACGUAUUUGAACCGACAGAACCACAUCCACAAGAAGGUUGUACAGAGGAAUACGCUGCGAUGAUAUCGUAUAUUGAGAGUAGACACAGCGACACACACAUGAUAGCGGCUGGUUUCAGUAUGGGCGCUAAUAUCGUUCUCAAAUAUCUUGGGGAAGAUACUGAGCGACAGGAUAAAUUUUUGUGUGGCUUAUCGCUCUGCCAGGGUUACGACUGCUUCUUGGGUAAAGAUUUCUUGCACCGCUGGGAAAGUCUGCGUAGACUUUACAACUUUGCCAUGACUGAGAAUCAGAAGCUGGUACUGAAACGAAAUAAAGACAUGCUGUUCGGGGCAGGGGCUAAGGCUUACUACCUCAAAGAAGGAAAGAAACCGCCAGAGUAUGACCUUGAAAAUACAUUUGAAGCGACAAGUCUGAUGCAUAUAGAUGAUAGUUUUACCAGGUAA